AUCUGCCGGAUUGCUCUGGAGCGGGCGCGACUGUUGAGGCGGGCGGUGGUGGAGAUCGAGGGGGAAAAGAGAAGUGAAGUGCUCCGCCACUAUUUGGCUAGGCCCUAGUUUGUCAUGCACCAAGUCAACCGCUGGCGAAUGAACCAGGGGAGCCAUUGGCGAUCACUACGCCACGCUAACUCACACUGCAGCGAGUUUCGAUGUCUUCAGCGCCACCAUCUUCGGUGGCCCCAGGAGCAUGGGCGGCAUCAUAUCCAACAAUACCGACCGUACUACCCGCGCCGCUUGCGCGUCACUUGUCGAUAUUCGGAACGCGAAAAGAGAGCAAGAGCAGGAUGAGGUUGCGCACUUUAGAUCCCCUGAAUCCACUGCGUCCAGGUCCUGGCUCUUGCCCGUCCCGGCAUCCAAUAUUCAUGGCUGAUAAUCUCUCACGUCCUGCCAUGCCUUCUAAAACUCUGGGCAAUGCCCCAGACGGACGGUUCAUCUCUGAGAUCGACAGCUCACGCUGUCAAACAUACCGAUCGGCUGGCGUUCCAGCGUUCCGGCUUUGUCGAGCUGUAGCUCACCAAUUACAUCUCCGUGGUCCUCCUUACGAUAUACCCUCUUCCUCAUAUCCGUGGCUCUGGGGCUCCAACUCCGAAAGCCAUUUGAGACAAUGCUAGCAUCGAAGCUCGUUACCGACCCUCCCGUGCAGUAACUGACCACUUACAUCUCUGCCGUCA